GUAAGGUUAUGAAGGUGAACAGGUGUAAAGUUGUAAAAGUAAACAAGUGUAAAGUACUGAAGGUGAACAGGUGUAGAGUUAUGAAGGUGAACAGGUGUAAAGUUGUAAAGGUGAACAGGUGUAAAGUUGUAAAGGUGAACAGGUGUAAAGUACUGAAGGUGAACAGGUGUAAAGUUGUAAAAGUGAACAGGUGUAAAGUACUGAAGGUGAACAGGUGUAAAGUUAUGAAGGUGAACAGGUGUAAAGUUGUAAAGGUGAACAGGUGUAAAGUACUGAAGGUGAACAGGUGUAAAGUUGUAAAGGUGAACAGGUGUAAAGUACUGAAGGUGAACAGGUGUAAAGUUAUGAAGGUGAACAGGUGUAAAGUUAUGAAGGUGAACUGGUGUAAAGUACUGAAGGUGAACAGGUGUAAAGUUAUGAAGGUGAACAAGUGUAAAGUACUGAAGGUGAACAGGUGUAAAGUUAUGAAGGUGAACAGGUGUAAAGCUGUAAAGGUGAACAGGUGUAAAGUAAUGAAGGUGAACAGGUGUAAAGUUAUGAAGGUGAACAGGUGUAAAGUUAUGAAGGUGAACAGGUGUAAAGUUAUGAAGGUGAACAAGUGUACAGUUAUGAAGUUUAACAAGUGUAAAGUUGUAAAGGUGAACAGGUGUAAAGUUAUGAAGGUGAACAGGUGUAAAGUUGUAAAGGUGAACAGGUGUAAAGUUAUGAAGGUGAACAGAUGUAAAGUACUGAAGGUGAACAGCUGUAAAGUUGUAAUCAUAAACAGGUGUAAAGUUAUGAAGGUGAACAGGUGUAAAGCACUGAAGGUGAACAGGUGUAAAGUUAUGAAGGUGAACAGGUGUAAAGUUGUAAAGGUGAACAGGUGUAAAGUUGCAAAGGUGAACAGGUGUAAAGUUGUAAAGGUGAACAGCUGUAAAGUACUGAAGGUGAACAGGUGUAAAGUACUGAAGGUGAACAGGUGUACAGUUAUGAAGGUGAACAGGUGUAAAGCUGUAAAGGUGAACAGGUGUAAAGUUAUGAAGGUGAACAGGUGUAAAGUUGUAAAGGUGAACAGGUGUAAGGUUAUGAAGGUGAACAAGUGUAAAGAUAUGAAGGUCAACAGGUGUAAAGUUGUAAAGGUGAACAGCUGUAAAGUUAUGAAGGUGAACAGGUGUAAAGUUGUAAAGGUGAACAGGUGUAAGGUUAUGAAGGUGAACAGGUGUAAAGUAAUGAAGGUGAACAGGUGUAAAGUUAUGAAGGUGAACAGGUGUAAAGUACUGAAGGUGAACAGGUGUAAAGUUAUGAAGGUGAACAGGUAAAAAAUUGUAAAGGUGAACAGGUGUAAAGUUCUGAAGGUGAACAGGUGUAAAGUUAUGAAGGUGGACAGGUGUAAAGCUGUAAAGGUGAACAGGUGUAAAGUUGCAAAGGUGAACAGGUGUAAAGUUGCAAAGGUGAACAGGUGUAAAGCUGUAAAGGUGAACAGGUGUAAAGUUGCAAAGGUGAACAGGUGUAAAGUUAUGAAGGUGAACAGGUGUAAAGUUGUAAAGGUGAACAGGUAUAAAGUUGUAAAGGUGAACAGGUGUAAGGUUAUGAAGGUGAACAGGUGUAAAGUUGUAAAGGUGAACAGGUGUAAGGUUAUGAAGGUGAACAGGUGUAAAGCUGUGAAGGUGAACAGGUGUAAAGUUAUGAAGGUGAACAGGUGUAAAGUUAUGAAGGUGAACAGGUGUAAAGUUGUAAAGGUGAACAGGUGUAAAGUUCCUAAGGUGAUCACGUCUGUAAAUAAUGCAGGUGCAGCUGGAUAUCUUAGUAUCUUAAAGGUCCAUCUUUGGUCUUACACAUAGGUGUGAAAUUAGUUCCCAAACACUUUAGAAUGAACGUGCAGCUGCCUGCAUGAAUAUGCAGCUGCCUGCGUAUGCAUGCAGCCGCCUGCACGUUUGCGUCUCAGGCCCUCUGGGUUAUCUCGUGUUCAGACUUCUUUGAUCCCUCCUUCUGCC